ACAGAGAGAGAGAGAGAGAGAGACAGAGAGAGAGAGAGCGCACACCGGGGCGCACGCACGACGCCUCCGGUCUUCUGGAGCUACGCACGCAGCGGCGGAGCAGCGUCUGUUUGUCUUCCUGGGAUUUUACUCAGCGCGCUCGGUUGAAGUGUGGCUGUGAGCACGGAUUGGAGACAUUUUGCGUCUGUGUGUGUGCAGAGACAGGAAUCAGGAUCACCGAGAUGAUGGAGACCAAAGUGUGGAUGAUCCUUUGUGCGCUGCUGCUCGCCGGCCGCGCGCCCGCACAGGAUGAGGGCCCUCCGGGUGCUUCACCCCCUUUAAAGGAUGCUCCUGGGUCGGACCUGGCUGGUGUUAAUGACACUCGGCCUGCUGCAUCUGCUCCUGGUUCAAGCGUGAACAGUGCUGCCCUGAAUGACUCCGACACAAACACAGUUUCCAACAACAGCAGCAGUACAACGACUGAAACCAUCUCUGUGACGACUCAGUCAAGGGAAGACAAGGCUACUAGUACGACUUCCGCUUCUCAAACUGGCAUCAUGAACAAGGUGUUCAUAUCGCAACCAAGGAUUGUCAUCACAGAGAAGUCCACACCCACUUCUAACAUCUCCCAGAAUGUCACAUCCACCAGCCCCACACACACCUCUCACACUGCCCCUGUACACACACCGCCGCAGUCUGACCCCACCUCACCCCCAACACACUCCUCCUCCACACUCUCACACACUUCCUCCCCGGCCUCCCAGCUUCUGAGCACACUGCACCACACCCCGUCCGAUUCUACCACUGCAUCUCCGAGCACCCUAGGAACUUUAACAUCCAGCGCCACCUCCGGUCAGGAAACUACUAGUUCUCAGUCCUCUGAGCUGACAUCCACCCACAGCUCCUCUACGGGCACCAAGUCUACGUCCGGUCCGGCCAGCAGUCCCUCUGCACAGACCAAACCUCUCAGCGACGUCCCUUCGCAGCUCACCGUGGGGGGUGACCCCAGGGCAGUCCAUAAGUCUUCCACUUUAGACCCCCUGCUGGCCGGCCUGGUGUCAGCCUUCAUCGUCACUGCUGUCAUCAUCACUCUGCUCCUCUUUCUCAAAUUCCGCCGACGAGACAACCGACCAGAGUUUCAGAGGCUCCAGGACCUUCCUAUGGACGAUAUGAUGGAGGACACACCCUUGUCCAUGUACAACUACUGAGGUAAAGACUGACUCUUUGAAGCCCGAAUCCUGAGCUUCACACCAGGAUCUUUUCCCCAGCAGUCCUACGGCCUCUCUUCACUGCACCAAACAGAAACCAUGCUUGGUGGGUGUCAGCAUUUUUUCUGGAUGUCUUUCCUUUAUGCAAUUGAGAUGUAGGAAAAGACAAGAUGGACUCAACAACGGACAGAAAUCAACCAUGUUGGAGUUCCUAACAAAAGUCUGUUUUGGUGUGUGUAGAUAAGCCAGUGCACGAUUAAUAUUUUUUAGCCCACAUUCUGAGGUUGUGUCUUGCAUUUUUGAUUUCCUUACAAUUGACAGUUGUGUUCCUGAAGCGAAAUAUGACCCCAGAGACUGCUGGGAAGACUCUGGACCUCAGCUUGUCCUUCCAGAGUUGUACAUAUCACCAGUUACUAUUAGAAAAUUGCAGAAAAUCAAAUGUCUCAUCUGUAAGUAUUUGAUCCAAAGCCUAUGGUCAGAGAAGAAAAGCAUCACUGGCCUGAUUAUAGUGUUAAUGUGGUUGCACUUUACUUUUUCUGCAGUGGAAAAAAGGACAAUUUUAUUUUUAUUUUAUUUUUUGAGUAUGAGAAGCAGAGAAAUUACAAGCAGACCAGUGUGUGCAUGUGUGCCUGGCAUAUGUGUGUGUGUUUUUGGUGGGUUUUCCAAAAGGUAUUUAAUUUUUAGGGUUCAGUCACCCAGGGAGAGCUUGUGGUGUUGGAUUCUAUUGUAAUAGUUCUGAUUUUUUUAUUUUUGUGUUGAUGGUCCUGCUGUCCUUCCACCCUUUAUUAAUUUGUGCAGUUUGUAUUUUGCAACUCUUUUGUCCAAAGUGUACUUCAUGAGAGAGCGUGCCUUACGCGUAUAGAAACAAACAGAUCUGACUGUAUUUGUGUUCCAGCCCACUAAUUUGCAUAAUUUAUAUUCUUCGUGCUGUGUUCAUAUGUGGGAAUGAAGACAAAACAGAACAGUGGUACAAACUCAGGAGGCAAAACAACAGGAAAAAAAUUUUUAGAAUUCUUGUAACAGUGUAGCUCUGCGAGUACUCACUGAACUUAAAAGUGUGAAUUUCAGCAGUGCUUCUUCACAGCUUUUGAUGAUUUUCACAAAAUAUUUGAUUCAGUCAAUCGGGCAGCUCUCUGGGACAUCCUGAGAACUUGCAGGAUCCCGAAGAAGUUGUUGGGACUGUUAUUGGUCCCACUGAGUACCGGCGGUUGUGUUCUGGCAGCUGCACUGUUCAGUGCUUACAUGGGCUGGGUUUUGGGUAGAAUGAGGGAAACCAGCAGCUUAGGUGCCUUUGCUGGAUAUGAAUCGACCUUCACUUCAUCUUUGGAAAAUCAGUCAUUGCAGCACUUUUGAAGCUGAGUGAGGAAUCAGAGUGUCUGGGUUUGUGAUGAUCCUGGAUCUAGAUUCCUGGAUUCAGCCAUGAGAAGUGUAUCUGUACAUGGUGAAAGUUUUGAACUUGUACACUGAAAAAAGAAUCAACUUAAAAAAGCAUUACAGUUGGUAACACCUGAAAGAAAUUAAGUUGUAUGAACGUAAGUAAUUUAGAUUUUGAUCUAACUUACAAACUUAAGUUCAUACAACUUAAUUCAUUUAGGUUUCACCAAUUGUAAUGUUUUUUAAAGUUGGUUCAACUGUUCUCUUUUUUCAGUGUAGAGACAUUGUUAUUUCAGCACUGACAUUCAUGUCUCCAGACCCUUGGCCUUUGAGAUCGAGAGGCACCUGGGAAGAGCUUAUGGAGUCAUGCAGUCACGGGACACAGGUGUUUGGUGAUGAUGGUAUCUCUGCAGGAGAAGGAAGAUCUGAAUGUUUAGGGUCCUGGUGCUACCUGGCUUACUGUAUGGUUGUGAAAUCGGGAUGCUACCCAGUGACCCAAGGCAAUGAUUGGAUGUCUUUGAUACGAGGUCACUUCAGAGGAUCUUUGGAUACCGCUGAAAUGACUUUGUGUCGGAUGUUUAGGGAGCCUCAGAUGAAGAGCAUCACUUGCAUCAUGAGGUAAUUAUGUCAACGGGAUUUUGGGCAUGUGUUGAGUUUCUCCACUCAUGAUGGACCCAAGCAACUAGAGAAGGCCAUGGAACUGCCUGUGUCAGAUUCGUGGUUACGUUCAAGAGGUGGGGAUGGACCGAUUGUCUAACUGGGUGGAUGCCAUCCAGGACUCACGGCAGGUUGCACCAGCGCAUGCUUCUAGACCUGAACUGUAAAAAUGUGGAUUAUUUUCUGGAUUCCAUUUUUCUGUUAAUGGAUUUAAUCCAAGCCAGCGCACAUUCAGCACAUCCUUCUUAACGCUGCUCGCCUGGGUUGAGCUGCAGCGAGUCUUGCUCCUGACAUUUCUCCAAACCGCGCAGCAUCAUGGGAGGAGAGUGAGCUGUACGUGCACUCUUCUUUCAUGCUCUGCUUGAACCUAUUUUAAGGGUCGCUUGUGAGAGGCCAAAUAAAAACAAAGUCUGCUGUUAGGCAGAAUAAAGCAGAAGCGUUACUGCAGGCUACUCGUAAAUGCUGUGCAGCACUGAAACAUUGAAUUAAAUGUUUGCCGCCCGCUGUGCGAUAAAAUAAACAUAAAUACAGGUUGAUGGCAGCAUGUGGACUUGUGAUCACCAAUGCUGACGUGUAAAGUGGCCACGGCGGUGCAAGGUUACAUAUAACUACCACUUCUCACUGGACGCCAGUGGAGGGAAAAAAAAAAAUCAGCAUUUUCUUUCCUAAUAUAUUUGACAUCGUUCUGCUUUCUUGCAGAAAACACUGAAGUAUUUUCUUUCAUUUUGUCGGUUUCAGGUUGCAUUUUUUUUCCUCAGUCGUGAUUUCUAAAUAUACUGGCAUACCUUAACCUGUGUCAACCGCCAUUUGAACACGGCACAUUCUUGGUCAGGUAGCUGUUGGGACUUGUCCGUGUUUUAAGAUUUGCCUUGAGUGUAUCAACGGUUAUUCAGCCAUUCACACAGCAACAGUUACAGAGUGAAAUCUGCAACGCUCUUUCAGUAUGUUCGUAUUGUCCUCUGCGUGUAAAUGCUACUAACUAGGAUCAUCUUCAUCUUAAUUAUAAUGCCUGAGCUUUCACCAGACAUAUGUAUUAAAAGAAAAGCUUGACCAUGCAGCAAGCAGUUUUAAGAAAAUGUGGAGUGUACUGUGUACUUGCUGUGUGAAUGUAUUGGAAAAGUGAACUCAGUACAAAGAAAAACAGCAGGCAGAACGAGGUUGAGGACCAUGGUAAAAGCAUGUGACCGCUGGCCACCAGGGCCCUGUACGUCCCUUAAAAAUCCAACAUAAAGUGGGUGAUCCUACUGUAAAUCUGGUUAAUACAGAUCUUAGACAAGGUGGAGUCAAUCAUCUGAGAUAAUUCCUUGCACUCGUGGUCACUGAACCAAGUAUCAUUAUCAGCAGCUCCCUAAUUAAAUGACUGGGGAAAGGCGGGGCGACACAUAGUGGAGGGUGAUAAUCAUCACUCCAGCAGAGCGCCAACUUCUUUUGAGUUCUAUGAGAAAUUUAGCGAAAUGAUUUGCAAUAAAGGAAACCAGCGGUCUGCCAGAAAGUGACCGACAAAUUCAGUCAGAAAAAUCAAAGAAGAUUUUAAACUAAAAAGAAAAAAAAGAAGUUUAAGAGAAACAGAGUAAUAGAAGCAAUCUAAUUUUACAAAUAGAAACUCGUGAAAAGUGGCAAAAAAAAGUCAGGAAUACUCAUUUUCCAAAGCUGUGAGGGUUUCGACGAGUUCAGCUGUGCAGGAGUCUCAAGUGUGACGCUUGGUUCACUGAACUCAGGGCUGCACAUGAAAGAGACGACAGACACUUUGUCCUCAACUCCUUUAACUUUUGAGAGAUUCUGAUGGUUUGUGGAUCCAGACGUGUGCUGAGCUUGCAGCAAGCAGUCCCCAAGGAUGUUUUUAGCAGGUUGCCUUCACAACUGCAUGAUGUACAUGCACAGUUGCUUUAAACUCCAGGUGUGUUUAAAACAGAUAUGAUAGUUUUUAAAACAGAAAUAGCCCAUAAAAACUGAGGCAGUACAUCCAAGUACAGGUUAAGCUGACUGUGUCCUUUGUUUCAAUGAAAAGGAGCUGCUUGCUGCACCCUUUGAAGAGGGCAUCUAAAAGGAGAGUUGUAGUGAGGAUAGGGGGAUUUUUUUUAACAUAGAUGCAGAACGGUUGUGAAACCCCAACUGCAGUUACUGAACUGUAAAAAGUUGAU